ACUCUGCUAGCAGCCACGCGCUCUGACUCUCUCUCACUCUCUCUUUCUCUCCCUCUGUAGCUCCCCUCACUCUCUCUCUCUCUCUCUCUCUCUCUCUCUCUUAGACACACACAACACGCUCGGGCUCAGUUCCUUCCUGACAACCGGCCACUGCGGGUUCGAGCGUUCCAGCCGGCGGCGUCCCCUCUCGUCCCGCCCGAUUCAUUCAAUUGAAAGCCGCUCUCGUGUUUGUUGUGAGUGAUCUUUUUAAGCCCCUUCUCGGUUCCCCCCGCCGAAGGGACGAACGAUGCGGUAACUCGCCGGGGAAUAGGAGAGUGUGUAAUAAUUCUCUAGUUAUAGUCACAUAAGUUUCUUUGAAGGAAAACAACGAAAAAUAGGGAGAAAAGCGAGCCGCCUUCUUCUUCUUCUUCUUCUUCGUCUGUAAUGUAAACAGUUGACGAACAGUUGACUCUCACGUUCCACUAGACGAUGGGGUUCCUGUUCAAAUACAAUCACCGUCCCAGGAGCACGGGGAUGUGGUCUGGAAUGGUGGCAUUGGUACGGACAGUCGUGGGCGUGAGUCUGGUGGGCGGCCUGCUGGUCGUCUUGCUGUGGUCGGAACAACAAGUGGGCGUGAAGACGCCCGCCCACACUCACUUCCACGCCCACGCCAGGGGAAUUCCCCCCGAGUCAGCCUUCGAAGAGGCUUCGGAGAAGGAGGAAGUGUCAUUCCAGACCGUGACGGAGAGGCUGAGCAGCCUCGCCCACAGAGCGGCGGCGGCGUCGUCUUCCGAAGAAGCAGAAAACUCGAGAGCCUCCUCCUCCUCCUCCUCCUCCAAGACCUUCUUCGCCCACCACCACCAGGCCAACUCCUCGUCCUCGCAGAAUCACCCCCUCCUCCACAAUCACCGUCGCCCCCACCAUCACAAUCACCUGAAAGCCAAGACCAAAAAUGGCACCGAUGCCAUCUCCUUCCCCGCCAAAGUGCCAAACUCGCUCAAGUCGUAUCCCAAGGGAUCUUCGUCAGGAGAGAGCCAGAGUUCUUCGGCGUCGAGGAACCUCUCCCUGGCGUCGAACUCGAAGUCGAUGUCUUCUGCGAUGUCUUCGCCUUCGUCCUCCAAUGCUCUUAGUAAUAACAACGACGAUGAAAGCGACGCCGGAAAUGCGAAUAAUCUGGUCUUCAACAUCGACAACAGCGUUCCGGCGCCUAAUUCGGACAUGCCCAAGAUCUACGUCAUCACGCCCACUUACAGACGACCUGAGCAGGUAGCGGAGUUGACCCGACUUGCCCAGACGCUGAUGUUGGUGCCCAAUCUCCACUGGCUCGUUGCGGAGGACUCCAUUGCCCCCACCAGGAGGGUCCUGGCCUUCUUGGACUCCUGCAGCGUCCCGCACACCUAUCUCCUCGCCACGGCCUCCAGGCGGUACAAGGGAGCCAACAAGCCCCGGGGAGUCAGCAACAGGAACGCCGGCCUCAAGUGGCUCAAAGUCCACGCGAAAGAGGGGGUCUUCUACUUCGCUGACGACGACAACACUUACGACUAUCGCAUCUUCAACGAGAUGCGUUGGACGAAGAGAGUGUCCAUGUUCCCCGUGGGUCUGGUCACGAGGUUGGGCGUCUCUUCGCCCAUCGUCUCCGACGGGAAGCUGAUCGGGUUCUACGAUGGCUGGAUCGCCGGCAGGAAGUUCCCCGUCGACAUGGCCGGUUUCGCCGUCAACGUCCAGUUUUAUCUACAGAGGAAUUCUCCAAUGAUGCCAUACAGUGUGGGAUUCGAGGAAGAUGGCUUUCUGAAAGCACUGAAUAUAAAACCCGAAGAGAUCGAGCCUCUGGCAGAUAAUUGCACAAAGAUCCUGGUAUGGCAUACCCGGACGGUGAAGACAGUCCCAGCUCUGAAGAUGCCCGACACGGACAAGGUCUCCAAGACGAACCUCAACCAGCUGAAGCCCCAGAUGGUCUUUCAGAUGCCCUUCGGUCUUUCUUAGCUUCCUCACUUCGUCGCCAGAGGGAGACGAACUCGAGAGGUUGUCAGUUCAAGGAAUCAAGACUUGUGUCAGAGCGAGCGCUCUUCUCGUGGCUGAAUUUCGUCGAGGGAGUCCGAGCCCAAAAUUAAUCGAGCGUUUAUCCAACAGGGACUCUCACUUUUUAUCCAGUACCUUCCAUUAUGUAAAGGGAAAUGUUUUCGUGUGUGAUGUGCGUAUCAUAAUUUGGUAUCAGUAAAAUCAAAGGCCUAACUUAACCCAGAAAUUUAGGUUGAGGGGAAAGAUAAGAACAUAAACGGUAAAUAAAAUAUCAGUAAACAAAAGUUAAGAAUUACGAAAAAUAUUCAUACUUCUGUAAAGAAGACUAUGAAGUAAUGACUAGAUUUGAUGACAGUCAGAAGCCCUUACCUCUCAAAAUAUAUCAUUUUGUAGUAUUAAGAAAUUAAGGGAUCCUUUAUCAAGGACUAUUCUGCUUAGUUAUAUCAUUUCAUGACUGAAAAUUAUCAGAGAAGGGUUAAUAAGUAACAGGAUUGUUGAAAAUAACCCAUUAUCCACAAUGAGUCUGUGAAAGUGACUUUGAAGUAAAUAUAAUUAUUUUUAUGGCAAAAACGAAUUCGUUCAAAUCAGCAGUUGGGCAGAAACCCGAGCAGCACAGAGUUUUAAUGCUGACAUAAAAAGGAGUCCUCACAAAAGAUAUAUUUAAAGGUUAUACAUAGAGGGUUUGCAAACUGGAAGAAAGCAAGACUCGGUACCAAUUCCACAGCUUCUUUGCAAAAUAGCAGUAUACCAGGUUGUCUGCUCGACAACCCUGCCAAUGCUAAGGUAUAAAAUUUAAAAGUUAAGCAUAUCUUAGUUUUACCAGACCACUGAGCUGAUUAACAGCUCUCCUAGGGCUGGCCCGAAGGAUUAGAUAUUUUUACGUGGCUAGGAACCAGUUGGUUACCUAGCAACGGGACCUACAGGUUAUUGAGGGAUCUCGAACCACAUUAGAUCCAGAAAUGAAUUUCUAGUCACUAGAAAUAAAUUCCUCUAAUUCGGCGUUGGUAGAGCGGGGAGUCGAACUCGCGACUACCGAAAAAUCAGUAGGCGAGCACGUAAACUCACUCGUCCAACGAGGAACUAAAGAAUAAAGGUGAUUGCAACUGGUACAUAUAGACGGAAUGCUCUUGUAAUCAGCACGAGAUAAUUCUACCAGCAGCGUUUCGGAUGAUGUCAGACAGACAGCGUACAUUUCCAUUUUCGUAAUCAAAAAUAGCAUUUAGUCAGGCUAACGGCUCGGCUGACGUAUAGGACCUCGAGAUACAAAGAAUGUAUAUAUAUAUAAAAGUAACCCUUUACAGAGAGAAAGUAUGUUACGAGCUGUUGCCUGUUAGGCGAGCGACUAGUUUUCAUCUUAUGUGGAGCCAGCAGACAUUGCAAACGGUAGUCAAUACUGACGUACACUGAUAUAGAAAGAAGGACCUUUGCUGCCGAACCAUUUGCAGUGUUUGACUGGUUUCAUGUUUUCAGGACCAUAUCAUGUAGUAGACAAAGGUUUAUUUUUAAUUUGAGAGAAAAUGCCCUUUGUAUGAAUGAAUGCCUCCUAAUGGGUAUAUAUAUCAUGAUCCCUUCAUUGCCAUAAAUAAUGAAUGAUAGAUUGUAAGUCCCCCACUAUUUAAAAACCCCGUUGGAAUGGGUGGUCGUGAACUUGGUUCAUAUCAAUUGUCAUCUCUUUCCGUUUUCGCGAAGAGAUAAAACUCUUAUUUUUACUCAUAUCUAUAUUUUUACUUGUUUGUAUCAAGAACAAUGCGUGUCUGUAGUCGGCUAUCUUGAACGUGUCCACCUGACUUGCUACAUCUGACCUCAGCCGGACGUACUAUACCUACUCAGCCAUGUGUCGACCUGUAAUUCCAAGGUUACCUGAGAACCAGUUGCCUUUAAAUGCAGUCUGGAUGAACCUGCUUAGGUGUCCUCUUUCCCAUUAAUCUACCGAUGAUUUUCUAUCAGGUUAAUUGCAUCUAUAAAUCUGAUUUUUUUUAAUUACUCAACAUCAGGUCUGUUGUCCUUUAAUUGUUAGUUAAUAAAGUAGAAUGAAAGUAGUCUUUCGAGAGGACAGAUAGAUGAAAAUAAAAGGAA